GUGCCAGAUCAUGCUGCCCAGUCAACAGCAAGAGCCAUUGCUAUGUGACGAGAACCCCACCAGGCCAUUCCAGUCUGUGUCAGCUGACUUCUUCACCGCAGCAGGGAAAUUCUUCCUCGUCUAUGCUGACCGACUCUCAGGCUGGCCUGCAGUUGUACCCUGCGGUUCAGAUACGACAUCUGCCGCUACCAUACGCCACUUCCGGCACCUGUUUCGAGACCUGGGCGUACCUGUGCAUCUCCGAACAGACUGUGGCCCUCAGUUCACUAGCCGGGAGUUCGCCACAUUCCUGGAGCGUUGGGGAGUCCGCCACUACAAGUCAACACCUCAUUACCCUCAGUCGAAUGGCCAUGCUGAGGCAGCUGUAAAAAACAUAAAGCACCUCAUUCUCAAGGUGGCCCCCUCAGGGAAUAUCGACUGCGAGGCAUUCGACAGGGGACUUCUUGAGCUCAGGAACACUCCAAACCACACAGGUCGCUCUCCAGCCCAGAUUUUGUAUGGCCGCCUUCUUCGUUCAUGCAUCCCAACCCAUGCCAAAGCUGUUACGGAUGAAUGGCAGGCCAGAGCCGAGAGCUGUGACCGCCGAGCAGCUGCACGUGUCCAGGACGCCAGGACUCGCUACGAUGAACGAGCCCAACCACUUCGCCCUCUGGUGUUUGGCGCAGAGGUACGUAUCCAGGACCCUUGCACAAAAAGGUGGGACAAGUUGGGUACAGUUAUGGGUAUCGGCAAGUCACGGGACUACCAGAUCCGGUUACCAAGUGGCCGAGUCUGGUGGAGAAAUCGCCGUUUCCUCCGCCCAACGAUGUCACCUCCGGCCAGCUCUACUUCGGAGCCGGAGCAACCUACCCCUGCAGCUGACAUACCUUCCCUCACCUCGCCUCGUCGCUCGAAGCGCCUGAAAGCUAGGGGAACCGCUCAAGACCUCUAAGGGCUGUGAGCGUAAAGGGGGGAGGGAGAUGUGUGAUAUUCAAAUAGUACGACAUUGUUUGGUUGUACGCCUGGCAGCGCCUGGACGCU